AUGACUUCUGACGGAACAAACCUGAAAGACAAACAGCCAAUGGAUCCCAAGACCCAUCAGCACACACCAGAGGUGAUCAACAUCACCAGAGAUGGAACCCAUAGCACUGUUGGAUGGAGCCAUCAAGGACCAACCAAGGGAAGGAAGGAACGAAGGAACGAACGAAGAAAUGAAGGAAGAAACGAGAGGAGAAACGAAGAGGAAGAGAGCCCAGAAAAUCAAGAGCAAAGAAAAGACGACUCUGAAGAAAAAGAUCUAAGAGAUGCUCCCAGAAACGGGGAGAAUCAAGACGAUGCCCGAAGCGGGCUCAACUCUAAAAGAGAAGAACGAAAAGAAAAGGAGGAUGCACCACCAAAAAGCAAGAGACAGGAGAAAGAUGCAGGGAAAGCACAAUCGAAGAAGAAAAACCAGGAGGAUGAAGGCGAGUCCUCGGAAUUGCCCCAAAAGAGCAAAGCCACGUACGUUGCUGAGGAAGAUUUGGAAGAAAAAAUUGCCAAAGCGCUGAAAAAACUGAAAUCUAAAGAGCUAGACAUAGACGACCUCAGGCUGAAGGGUUCGCCUCUGUCACCUGAGAUAAUGGAAGAAACAAUUCCCUAA